ACUUGGUGACUUUUAGAUCACUUCAGUUUCGACGACUCGAGAGACUCGUCUGUGUUUGGUGUUCGUGCUACGUUCCUUUGUUUAAGUAAAAAAAAAAACCUGGCGGUACAACCAUGCCGUGGUCGGCUGUUCGAGACCGGCUGGCGGCUGGCGACGGAGAGACUGCGGGCCAGGCAGGGUUGGGACAGAAAGGGUCUGCUGGAGGAAGUGGACCAUCAGAUAAGGAUGAGGAUGCUCUCCGAGUCAGUGAGGAAGAGGCACCUGCUGACCUCUGUGUGGAAGGAGCACCUCUGUGAGACCCAGCUCCAGCAGUACAAGGAGAACGUGACGUCCACGACCGAGGAGACGGAGAGAGCCAGACACAACCUGCAGGACGUGUGGAGGCUCCGACUGAUGGAGGAAGAGCAACACAGACUGGAGGAGAAAAGUAUGAAAGUGUGCUGGGAGGAGGAGAGAAGCACCAUGAGGCAGGAGAACGAGGAGCUUAUGAGAAGAGUCGGAGAACUAGAGGAGCUCCGACAAAAAGACAGAGAGCAGCAAACACUGCUAGAAAAAAGACUCCUGCUAGCUGUGGAGAAAGCCGAGGAGCUAGUGGCCACGUGGACGGGGAGAGAGGAGCAAAGAUCGGACGCAUAGGGUGAACUGGGAUCGUGCAAACUGGGAGGAGAAAAAGAACUUCAAAAAAUCGAACAACAAAAGAAAGGAAGGAAGGAAGGAAGGCAGGAAGACAGGAAGAAAGGAAGACAGACAGACAGACAGACAGACAGACAGACAGACAGACAGACAGACAGAAAGAAAGAAAGAAAGAAAGAAAGAAAGAAAGAAAGAAAGAAAGAAAGAAAGAAAGAAAGAAAGAAAGAAAGAAAGAAAGAAAGAAAGAAAGAAAGAAAGAAACCCCUCAGCAAUUAAAUACGCCUCAUCAUCUCACAGGAAGAAGGUCCCGGGUGACCUGGGAAUCGAACCCAGCUAAAUUUCAGCAGCUUAACCCUUAGAUGCAUGAGUGACUGGACCUUACACUCUUCCAUAAGUGGGUCAAAAAUGACCCGUGGUACAAUCAAUGUGUUUUUAUGCCACAUUUGUCAUUUUAAUUAAAAAUAAUCAUUUAUAUUAUAUUUAGUAAUAUAUUCUGGUCCACAAAAGAAUUAUUUCAUGUUUGAAAU